CUGUCUGGCAUCAUCAAUCAGCUAGGGUGCAACGGAAAGACCGCCUGAGCUUUUGGGUACAGAGUCUGAGAGUUCCCGAGCAAAGUUGCUAGUUUAUUACAGAGUAUCAGGAGAAGGAAGGAAUAGCAGGUAAAGCAGAUUCUGCCUCUCCGUCGAAUUAACAUGCCAGGUUCUGUUUCUGAAACUGUGGGGGAUUUGAUUGGUUCUGUUUGACUUUGGCGCGCGGGGUUUCCCGCGAAAAGGUUUGUGCUUUGCGUUCCGAAGAUCAAUCCGGGAUUGCGUUUGGGAAAAAUCUGCUAGCUUUGUUUCCGGGUGAAAGAAGCUUGAAUUUUUAUUCCAAAAUGGAUCAUCCCUUUUCAGUCCAGUAUUAGUCGUAAAUUUUCUAGGUUUUUAGGCAUGAAUGUCCCGUCGUAAUUCUGUUGCUUGUUGACGAGGUGAUGGAGCACGUCCCGGUUUUCUAAUUUCCUUUUUGUGUGCAAUAGGCAAGUAAGAAUGGCGGAUGAAGAGAUGAUUAAAGAACUCUCUAUGGAAGAGAAUGGUACCAAGGAAGAGAAUGGGAGUUUAGAGCCUUCAGUUAGCAAUGGAGAUGAUGAGUCAUCUGCAGGACACAAGGACGAGGACGAGAAGAAAGAUGCUGUUAAAAAGAAAAAGAAGAAAAAUAAAAGCAAGAAGAAGAAGGAACCUGCUCAGCAGACUGAUCCACCCUCUGUUCCUGUUGCUGAGCUCUUCCCAUCUGGAGAAUUUCCGGAGGGUGAAAUUCAACAAUACAAAGAUGAUAACUUAUGGCGUACAACGUCAGAGGAGAAGAGAGAAUUGGAGCGGCUUGAAAAGCCUUUAUAUAAUUCAGUUCGACAAGCUGCAGAAGUUCACCGACAGGUGCGCAAACACAUCAGAAGCAUUUUGAAGCCUGGCAUGUUAAUGACUGACCUCUGUGAGACAUUGGAGAACACGGUUCGUAAACUAAUAUCCGAAAAUGGUCUCCAAGCUGGAAUUGCCUUUCCUACGGGAUGCUCUCUGAACUGGGUUGCUGCUCAUUGGACUCCCAACUCUGGUGACAAGACAGUCCUUCAGUAUGAUGAUGUAAUGAAGUUGGACUUUGGGACCCAUAUUGGCGGAAAUAUUGUGGACUGUGCAUUUACAGUGGCAUUCAAUCCCAUGUUUAACCCACUGCUUGAAGCUUCACGUGAGGCCACAAACAUGGGUAUUAAGGAAGCUGGGAUUGAUGUGCGUCUUUGUGAUGUUGGUGCUGCAAUCCAAGAGGUCAUGGAGUCUUAUGAGGUUGAGAUAAAUGGAAAGGUGUUUCAAGUUAAAAGCAUCAGAAACUUGAAUGGACACAGCAUCGGGCGAUAUCAAAUUCAUGCUGGAAAGUCUGUUCCUAUUGUAAAAGGAGGGGAGCAGACUAAAAUGGAAGAGGGUGAAUUUUACGCAAUUGAAACAUUUGGCUCAACAGGGAAAGGAUAUGUCAGAGAAGAUCUAGAGUGCAGUCAUUACAUGAAAAACUUUGAUAUUGGCCAUGUGCCAUUGAGGAUGGCAAGAGCAAAGCAGCUGCUAGCAACAAUAGAUAAAAACUUCUCAACACUAGCUUUCUGCAGGCGGUACUUGGACCGCCUUGGAGAAACCAAGUACUUGAUGGCUCUGAAGAAUUUAUGUGAUUCUGGCAUUGUUCAGCCGUAUCCUCCUCUUUGCGAUGUUAAGGGCAGCUAUGUGUCCCAGUUUGAGCAUACAAUCUUGCUUCGCCCAACCUGCAAAGAGGUGAUAUCAAGAGGCGAUGACUAUUAAUUAUGAAGUGUGAUUUUGUAGGAACUUUGAAACAUAUUCAUGUUGAAUGAAUCCAAUCCUGCUACUUGUCUUGUACUUUGAUGUUAGUGAGAAAGAGUAAAACCACAAACAUGCUCCAUUUUCUUCCAUCACAGAUCUCGUUGAGUGGCUAGAUGAUUGUUGGUUGAGUAAGCUAUAGAACUGUUCUCCGAAUCCUGAAUUUGCACCUCAGUAAUAUUCCUAUCUAUGUUGUAAUCUUAACUUGUCAUGUUCAUGAAUGAUUUCUCAUAGUUCUAUUAAUGCUUCUGCACAUUCUAUAAAUCGCUUCAGCUUUAUUAUACAUAAUGUCCCCCACUACAAAUUCAUGGACAACACCACCCACUUCAAUGCAGUUGCACCCUACUAUUGUCUCCAUUUCAGUUUCAUGCUUCAACUUCCUAAUCUUAAUUGCUUCCUUUUCCCUUCCUGCAUUCCCAGACAUCAACUCUCCUAGUUUCCACCUAUCCCCUGACAUUGGCUCGACCUCCAUAAGCCGUUGAAAGGCCCAGCUCCCUCUUUUUACAUCGUUGUGCACCCUGCAACUGCUGAGAAAUGCUCCCCAAAUCACUGAAUUCGCCUCCUUGGGCAUUGAUGCAAUGAGCUCAUGUGCCUCUGCUAGCCUCUCUGCUCGACCCAACAGAUCCACCAUGCACCCUUUCGAUGUAGGUGUGAAUCCAUUUCCCCUGAGGUAAAGCUCCUAGACGUCCAUAGGCUGUUAGUAAGCUCAUCACCAUCGACUCAUUCGGGAUAAGUCCCGGACCACUCAUAGACAUAUCCUAGAGAAGAGAUAAUGCCUCUAAAUUCAUCUCGUUCCGUGUGUACCCUGUGAAUUGUGAUCAUAGCACUUCAGGACGCGACGUUCCUGUCUGUCAUCCCCUCGAACUUAGUUCUAGCCUCAUCCACUCGUCCACACCUACAAUACCCUGAUAUAGUCACGUUGACAGCAUCCACAUUCUCCUCCAAAACCUCACUGAGAACGUGCUCUGCAUCGUCCAUGAGACCCAAAGUAGCAUACAAAUGAGUGAGUGAGCUAUGACAUAACUGCCAAGUUCCCCUCCAGCCUUGAUCACCCAGCAGUGCACAUGUCUGCCAACAGAAACAAGGAACUUGGCAUGCACCUGUCUCACUUCAUGGAUAUUGUUGCAUAAUUGGAGCAAGAGAAGGUCUGGAGGAUGAUGUAGUGAGACUGAAGGGACUGAAGGAAUAGCCAUUAGCUGGUUUUAGUCUAAAGUUGGGAACUUUUAUGAGAGGGUUUCCCUUUUAGAUUGAUGGGUUGUGAAGUGGUGAAGUAUUUACAGCCAGACAGAGGAAAUUUAUCAGUUGCAGAGAUCUUUUUUGUCUUUGGUAGGGAAGGAAGAAACUGCUAUUAGGGACCGCUUGAGAAUAUAAGUACAAGAUUGAG